CCAAUCAGCGAAAAUCAAACACAUGCUCGCGAAAACACCCGAUUGCUUCUCCGCCGAACCGCGAAAGCGAAAACCCCUAAAAUCGAUUACGAUAAUCGAUUGAUUCAAAACUAGUAACGACGCUCACAGUUCCUCUCGAAAUCAAUCUCCAGGUGAACUAGCACAGGCACAUUCUCUUCUCUCACCGAUUUUCUCUCUCUCUCUCUCUCUCUCUCUCUCUCUCUCUCUAUAACUCUUUUGUAAAUUUCUCUCUAUAUAUUGAUAUCUCAAUUAUUAUUAUGAUUUUGUUUUAUUUUGGCAAUAUAUAAGGUUUUAAGAUCUCGAAUUUACGUUUUGCGAACUCGUGCCGAUAUUUUUUCCGGAUAGCCUUCCAAAACCUACUGUUAUUGCUCUUUCCUUUUUCACGACUAAAACCCUAAUUUUGUUGUCAAUUAUAGGGUUUUGUCCUGAACAAUUUGUUUUAUAUUGGAUUACUUUUCCAAGUUUCGAAUGGUAAUUUUUGCUAAAAAUGGCUACAGUAAGAUUGGGCACCCUAUCUUUCUAGGGUUUACUCGAUAUAGUUCAUAUUGAUGGGUGCCCUAACGAGUAAUCGAAAGCGUGGUGACGACUACUUCACAUUGAAUUACAAGAAUCCCAAUUUAUAUUCACUUGAUUUCGACCAUCUAUUCGAUUCUCACGUUUCUAAGAAGCCCAAAUUUUCAUCGUGUACGCAUCCGAGUCCAGAGCGGCCUGUUUCGUCAAAGAGUGCAGCUUCAAGAAUAUAUCGAUACCCGGAGCCGAUAUAUCAGUUUCGGAGAGAAGUUCAUGCGCCCUGUAGGGUGCCCAAGUUCGGGUUCGCAGCAAACUCGAAUAGAGAGUGGAGGCCGAGCACUAGUGGUGUUAGACACGAGGAGGUUGUAGAUGAUGAGAUGGGAAAUUUUUUUGGAAAACAUUAUGAGAAUGCUAAGAGCACAGCAUUUGGUGCUUUACGGUAUUGGAAGGAAGAUAAGGAAGUGAUUGAUGUCGAAGCAGAAACUGUCAAGGAUGAUAUGUCAGAAGAUUCGAGCAUUGAAGAGGUUGAGAUUUUGGAAGAUGGGGGAGAGGGGCAGUCCAUGGUUUUAGAGAGGUCAAGGGACACUAAUGGUGUGGUUUUCAAUUUACCCAAAUUGGAUGGGAAGACUGCGGAGCCCAAUUUUCACCCAUCUUCCUCUUCGGUGAUAACAGAUUCGAGGAAUGCAAAUUUGAAAGUGGACAGCACGGGUAAGAUGUUGGACUCGCUGUCAUUAAAUCGAGAAUUGGAUGUGCCUAUUCACAAAAAAUUGCUGGAAAGUGUGAAGAGGCUGACCCCUAAGUUGAGCAGCUUGAGGUUUCAAAUCGAAUUUACUGAGAAGCGCCGUGCUUUAUAUCAAUUACAGCGUCCUGUCACUCCCGUCAAGAAACCAGAUGAGGAUUUAUUGCGAGAACCUUUUGUGCCUCUUACGGAGGAGGAAGAGGCUGAGGUUUCUCGUGCAUUUACUAAUUUUAACCGGAGGAGGGUUUUGGCCACCCACGAGAACUCUAACAUUGAGAUCACUGGAGAGAUGUUGCAGUGCCUGAGACCAGGCGCAUGGUUGAAUGAUGAGGUCAUAAAUGUGUACCUUGAAUUACUGAAAGAGAGGGAAAAGAGGGUGCCCAAGAAGUUUUUAAAGUGUCAUUUCUUCAACACAUUCUUCUACAAAAAGCUAAUAAGCGGGAAGAGUGGCUAUGAUUUCAAAUCCGUCAGAAGAUGGACUACCCAAAGGAAGUUGGGAUAUUGUCUUCUUGAGUGUGACAAGAUCUUCGUCCCUAUCCACAAAGAAAUACAUUGGUGCUUAGCAGUUAUAAAUAAGAAGGAUGAAAAGUUCCAGUAUCUUGAUUCACUCAAAGGAAUUGACACUCAUGUGCUGAAAGUACUGGCUAGGUACUUUGUGGAUGAAGUGAAGGACAAGAGUGGAAAUGACAUCGACGUUAGUUCUUGGGAGUAUGAAUAUGUUGAAGACCUACCUGAACAGGAGAAUGGGUUUGACUGUGGCGUGUUCAUGGUCAAAUAUGCAGACUUUUAUAGCAGAGGUUUAGGACUCCAUUUCCAUCAGGAACACAUGCCAUAUUUUCGGCUAAGGACUGCAAAGGAGAUUCUAAGAUUGAAAGCUGAGUGAUGAUGUGAACAUGCUUGAUGGAUGCCAAGCUGUAAUUCCCAUAAACAACCACUGGCAGAUAAUGAAUCUGCAUCAGAGGAUGGAUGAUUUUGAAGGUCUUUCCUGUGUUUUGGAGAGGAUGCCUUAACCAUUAAUCGGUUCCUGAAGUGAUGGCCGGUUGGAGGUAUGGUUGGGUAUUGCUGGUUUUUUGAGCUGAGCGGUCAAGAUUAUCUUGCCCGGUCAACCUUAGGUAGGGCAUAAUUAUUAGUGUAUGAGGGAAUACUGGCAACAAGUUCCAGUCGUGAGUUGUGGAACUAAUCUUUUUGCAGGUUUUUGAGUUAGGUUGUUUACAUCAUUCAUUUUUCUUUCCAGCCUUGGUCUUCUGACCCUCCCCCAACAUAUAUCUGUGGUGAUUAAAUUCAAUCUCUUGUUCUAACCAUUUUGGAGUCAUUUUACAAUUGUAAUUAUAAUCUUCUGUUCUUUGAGAGAAAUGUGAGUUACUGUUUUCUAGACAA